AGGGCCUUCUCUAGGCCUGCUCACCACGCGGCUUGGGCCUCCAACUCCCAGAAUGCCUGGCCGUUGGCUGGGAGGGCGAGGGCUUCUGGGAGUUGUAGGCAGUCCGCAAUGACCCAAUAGUGAAGCGGGCCGUUAGUUAGGGCGACCUCUGCAUUCCGAGGCGAGAGAGGGUUUGCUGAGGCCGGGCCUUCCUUCCUUUCCUGAGGGGAGGGCCGCUCGGGCCUAGUCGGGCCUAGUCGGGCCUUGCUCCUCCCUCCCUCCCUCUCUCACUCCGCCUCCCUCCCUCCCUCCCUCCCACGCCUUUAUUACGCGAGGCCCCGGCCGCCUCUUCUCCGGCUAGGCCCCGCCUCGCUGAGGGAGGGCGGAGAAGGCGAAGCGAAGCGAAGCGAGGAACCCCAGGCAAGGCAGUCAGUCUCGGCGCGGCCUGUCUUGGGAGUCUCGGAGCGGCCUUCUCUUCCUUCCAUCUCUUGAGGGAAGGGAGGGAGGAGAGAAGGGAGGCGGCGGCCAGGCGCUCUCCAGGCCGGGCUCCGCGUUUGAUGGAUCCCCGGAUCGCCUGGUUCCAGCCAGAGCAGCUCGGCCCCUCCAACCGCCUGUGGAUGCAGACCUGGGAGACCACGCAAGGGAUGCGCAACCUCUACUUCCAGCAGCAGCAGCAGCAGCAAGAGCAGCCUCCCUCCUCGCCUCAGCCCCCCGCCAUCGUCGGCAUGAACUUCUUGCCCCUGGAGAACAACAACCACCACUACAAGCUAGGCCCGGCCUCCUCCUCGGCCUCGAUUGGCGCGCCUUCCCCGGCCUCGGCGGCGGCCAGCAACAAGAGGAAGCGCGUCAACAAGGCCAGCACCUUCGGGCUCAAUUUCGCGCUUCUCUUGGGAGGAGGAGGGGAAAGCGGAGGAGGAGGAGGAGGGAGCAGCAGCAGCCCCAAGUUGCCCGGGGAAGGGCCCCGAGAAGAGGAGCCUCCAGCCGGCCUGGGAUACACCGGCACGCCCUGGAAGAAGGACGAGGCCAAGGGCGGCUAUGGGCCCGGCGUGAUCGGUCUCCAUGAAGAGAUCAAUGACUUCUACAAGUACAUGUCUCCCAGACCCGAAGAGGAGCGGAUGCGAAUGGAGGUGGUGAAUAGGAUAGAAAAUGUCAUAAAGGAACUCUGGCCUAAUGCAGAUGUGCAAAUAUUUGGAAGUUUUAAGACUGGCUUAUAUUUACCUACUAGUGAUAUUGACUUAGUUGUGUUUGGAAAAUGGGAGACGUUGCCUCUGUGGACUCUGGAAGAAGCUCUCCGAAAGCACAAUGUAGCAGAUAAAGGUUCAGUAAAGGUGCUAGACAAAGCGACUGUUCCUAUAAUUAAGCUCACUGAUUCCUUUACUGAAGUCAAAGUUAAUAUCAGCUUCAAUGUACAGAAUGGUGUAAAAGCUGCUGAUCUCAUCAGAGAUUUUAUUAAGAAAUAUCCUGUAUUGCCAUAUCUAGUUUUAGUACUGAAACAGUUCUUAUUACAGAGGGACCUCAAUGAAGUAUUCACAGGUGGAAUUGGAUCUUAUAGUCUUUUUUUAAUGGCUGUCAGCUUCCUCCAGCUACAUCCCAGAGAAGAUGCUUGCAACCCCAAUGCCAACUAUGGUGUCCUUUUAAUAGAAUUUUUCAAGUUGUACGGACGUCAUUUCAACUAUUUGAAAACAGGAAUUCGAAUAAAGGAUGGGGGGUCCUAUGUGGCCAAAGAUGAAGUGCAGAAAAACAUGCUGGAUGGUUAUAGGCCGUCCAUGCUGUAUAUUGAAGACCCAUUGCAACCAGGUAAUGAUGUCGGAAGGAGUUCUUAUGGUGCCAUGCAAGUUAAACAGGCCUUUGAUUAUGCAUAUGUCGUUCUGAGCCAUGCAGUAUCACCAAUAGCGAAAUAUUACCCCAACAACGAAAGUGAAAGUAUAUUGGGAAGAAUAAUUCGAGUAACGCAAGAAGUGGCAACAUACAGAGACUGGAUAUCAAAGCAGUGGGGAAGUCAAAGUAGCACAGAAACUUCAUGCAACGGCAAUGGUGUGACAAUAGAUAACCAGCAGCUGGACAAAUGCAACAAUAAUCUCUCUGAAGAGAGUGAGUCGCUAGGGAAGCCUAGGAGUAAAACUUCAGAGACGCCAAGCAAGCACUCAUCGAAUUCUUCAUCAGGUCCUUUAUCGUCAUCGUCUUCCACACUUUCCAGCUCUAGUGAUGUAGAGUCUGAUGGAACACCCUGCAAAACAUCUAAACAGCUGGGCUGCCGCCAAACUACAGCAAACAGAACUCAGGACAUAUCACUGGGAUCGACCCAGAUGAGUGGGAAAAUUCCAAGCAGCCAGGCUAUGAAUACGUCUAGCACUGGAAACAAAUCCCAGCACGGAUCAACGAGGUUAUUCCGCACUUCUUCCAACAAAGGGUUCCAAGGUCCAGGGAAUUCAAGCCAUGGCACUUCGGUGACGAACAAACCGCACCAAGGCAGCAAAUCCCACCAGUUUUACCACAACAAAAAGAGGAAACACAAGAGGGACGCUGCCCUUUCAGACCUUUGUAGAUAGUCUUCCUAUCUGAAGAAAUACGUGACUGUACUUCUGUGUGCAAUGAUCUCAAUGCUACAAAGGAUAAGUUGGACACUGACUCCCCCGGACCUCAUCCGGAGUCUCAAGACUGUUGAAAACGUUGAUUAGCAACACAUUUUAGUUUAUUUUUAUUUUAUUUUUUUCCAGCUCGCCACGGAAAAGAUCAUGAAGACUGACAACUGCAAAAAAAAGGAAAAAAAAACACAAAAAAGAAAUUAAAAAUUUAAAAAUGGGUGGGGAAUGGUGGGUGGGGAGGAGGAGCCUGCUCAUCCGAUAAAGUCAUAUACUACAACAGGGUUGUUAAAGGUAUAUUUAAAAAAAAAGCUUGAAUGUAAAAUAAAUAUCUCCUAUCAGCUUUUAUGCUGAAAACGUAGGGAUAGGACUCAGUGUGUUUAAGGGGUUGGUAAUGAACUAAAAAUAAAGGAGAGGGGGGCAAGAAAAGCAGGGUGGGGGGUAGCGUUUUGAAGGGAACCCAAAUCUCCAAGCAGAGAAGACGAAAAAUGUGCGCAUGAUAAAUUUUUAAAUUAUUUUUGCAUAUAUUUACCAUUUUAUCGUGUAUCGAUAGGCGACCAUACAUAUUAGGAGAAUCGAACAUUUGUAAUAGUGGAUUUGUUAAUACUUUUUACAUAACAUGACUGUUGAAAUGGUAGAGGACACCUUUUCCUCCCACUCCUCCUCCCGAUUUUCCUCUCUAGAUUUGUUAUUUAUUCAUAUAUUUUUUUAAUUUGUCAGGUGAAAAAUCAGACAAACAUAAUAGGCUAGGAUUUGUGGUGGAUUUUUUUCCCCUUCUCCUUUUAGCCUUGGAAUAAUGAUUGAAUAGCACAUCUCUGCGUCUGCACAAGUUGUCCUUUCGAGGAAGGGAAAAAAUAUAUAGGAAAAGAAAGCUAGGGGUAAAGUCUCGUUUUUCAAAUGUCGAAAUGCAUCCUGUGUCAACUCUUUCUCUUUGGAGGGAAAAAAACAAACAAAACAAAACAAUGAAUUCUUCCACUUGUUUCUAAAGUGCCAUCAUGGGGUGUUCCAGCUUUCCUCCGAAAUCGUAACACACUUUGCUGUGUUUUAAGGGGGAAACAACCGACGUUGGGUUAUGUUUGGAUUUUUUGGGAUUUUCUUUCAACCGACUUUUCUGAAAUUCAUAUUAUGCAUUUGGAUAGGAAAUCCUAUCAUCCUUAGUGCUAAUGAGGAAGCGCUCUCAAUCCUAUGCCUUUUUUCUUGUGCGUGCCUUCAUCCUUAUGUCUUAUUUUUUUUUCUUUCCUCUUGUUACAACUUUCUAUCUUUUUCCUUCUUUUUUGAAAAAGGAGAAAUAGGCGGUUGAUGACUUUUGUGUGAUUUCGUUCCCUUUUUGGGAUCUCCCCCCCCCCUUCUAAUAAAAGCCCACCCCUUAAAAAAGAAAAGACUUCUUCAAAUAACGGACAUAAAUUUGUAUUUAUAUAUAAGUGAAUUUUUUUUCAUAUUCACAUCUUUCUUCCUGGAGUCCUCAUCCCAAGAAAAAAACGACGAGUUCGAACAUUUCCUACGCUUUGUGCGACCGAAGCAAACGUCUCCAGCUACGAAAUGCGAAAAGGAAUGUGUAGAAGUUUGUAGUCACUUGCAUUGUUUGCAAAUAUAUAUAGAUAUAGAUAUAUAAAUAUAUAUUUGGAGCACUUUAACGGAUAGAAUGUACAGUGACGUUAUUGUAAGCUUUUUCUUUUGAAGCGGAAAGUGUGCGUGAUUGCGUGUCUUCGUAAGUACGAAUGAGUGUGUUUCGGGGAGGGGGGAGAACGACGCCGACGAUCAUUUCUUCGAGGAGCGAUGAUCGCUUUUAGACAUUUUUUUUAAUUGCAGACCAACUUGACCUUUCAUGCGCGAUGAUCGUGCGCGGAAGCUUUUAAAGUAAAAUUUAAAAAAAUAAUGCAACACGACCAAAAACUGUCAUGAAUGGAAACUUAAUAAAACGCUCUCUCGAUAUACGAAAGCAUUUUGAUUUCUUUUCAAAAGAGAAAAAGGGAGGAAAAAAGAAUCAAUCUUUGCCACCAUAAAUUCUUUAGGACACUAAACUUAAGUAAGGGGGGGAAAAAAGGAAUGUUAACUUGACAAUAGUGUUCAAUUUCGAUACAUGUUUUGUUUUUCCGUUAACUCAACUGUCAUAUUAUGCAAUAUCGAAAUAUUUAUUUUGAGUUUAAAUACAUUUUUUGUAACUGUAGGACUACCUUCACUGCUUUGGGAACAAAUUCUAAAUUAUCUUAAUCCAGUAUUACUUAGCUGCUGUUCUUGAAUGCUGUUACAAUUGUGUAAUACACCAAUCUGUAUUACUUAUCCACACUGAAGGCUUUUUUUAUAUUAUUGUUACUAUUAUUAUUUAAUAAUUUGAUUUUUUUUUUAAUUUUCGGGGGGAAAAAUCACCCUCUUUGUUGGAAACGAAUGUUCUGUCAGGAUGCAGAGAUUGGUGUUCCAAUAAGUAUCUGAUUAUUUUAAUGUGGUGGUAGCGGGAAGAUAAUCUUGAUUCCAUUGGGAAUCUUAGGUUUGCCUCAAUUUAUGGUUUUCAUAAAUUUUAAUGGAAAAAUAGCUUUUCCUGGACUGCUCGAGUUUCAUUUUGUAAACGGUAUCUUUCUAACAGGAGAAGACGAGGACAAAGCAUGAAGGACAAACUGAGGUAUUUACUUCACCUCAAAUAACCAGCAUUGUAUUCAUGAAACACUGUAUAUCUAGCAAAAACCUUUAUUUAAGCGGAACAGUUGAACUGUUCUUAUUAUUUUUUUUUCAAUCCAGAGUAAAAAAAUUACUUUCAAAACCUUUUAAGUUUUGCCUGCUCAUUUAUCUUGUACAUUUCAUCUCUGUAUUCAACCGAAGUCAUUUUUUUUUGAGUUUCAAUACUUUUUUGUGAAAAUUUUUGUGAAAUAUAUAUAUAAAAAAAUAAAUGUUUCAACACAA